AUGACUCACCUGCGCUCCCUUGAGACCCGCUACACUGCUGCCCUCGAGCCCACCUUUAGGGUUGAGAACAAGCCACCUAUUUAUCUCACCCUUUACUUCCUCACGACCCGCCUCCCUUACUCCCUUCGUGCCAUACGCGACCACUUCCUCGCCCUAGACCCCACGAAGAUCACCCUCGACACGUUCGAGUCCCGUCUCUUAGAGGUAGAGUUCGCUGCCCUAGUUGUUGCUGCCUCUCGUGGCACUCCCCACCCCUCUGUCUUUGAGGGGUGCUCCCCCUCCCUGCUCGCGUCAUCUGUUGCCUCUGCUGCUGCUGUUGACCUCUUCGGUGCUGAGGAGGUCGGUGCUGCUUCUGCUCCUAGCGGGAAGCGCCGCAGUGGCAAGGGCAAGGGUGGCAAGGGUGGGGGGGGCGGGGGUGGUGGGGGUGGCGAGGGCAGCGGUGGUGGCGGUGGAGGUGGUGGGGGAGGAGGAGGUGGAGGCGGCAGGGGAGGAGGCGGGGGUGGAGGGAGUAGUGGGGGUGGUGGAGGUGGUGGGGGUGGCACUAGGGGUGGAGCUGGAGGAGGAGGGGCUGGAGGUCCGGCCACUCGUUCAGCUGCGUCUGGUGGUGCAGCGGGGGGUGGAGGUGGCUCUGGGGGUGGCCAGCAGCAGCAGACGAGCCGCCAGGCGCAGCUCUUGCCGCAACAACUUCGUGAGUGGGCGAUCCGCCGUGGCAGCCCAGGUGGCCCACCUCGCUGCGGAGUUUCUAGGGUAGAGGCUGCUAGCCUUGGUGCUUUUGACUCAGCUAGCACAGGUGCAGAGCUCGAGGAGGCCUUGCACACUUUUACUCUCGACUCAGGCGCGUCUCGUUGCUUCUUCCGCGACAGCACCACAGUCACACCGCUCACAGUCCCUGUCCCUGUCACACUGGCCGACCCCUCCGGGGGCCCGGUAGUCGCGCGUGGCGCCAAUGUUCUCCCUUGUCCGGCGGCCCCUUCCGGCCUCCUUACAGGUCUCCACCUCCCCUCGUUCGCAAAGAACUUGGUCAGGUAG